AAUAUUUAAAAUAUUUAAUUAUUUAUAAUAAUUUUAUAAAAAUCUGAUCAUUAUUCAGAACUUAAGGUUAUGAUACGUCAAAUGUUUGUUUUCGUUUUUUGAUUUUAAAAUACAAGUAAGUAAUAAUGAGGAUGUUACUACGAGGAUCGAUAUAAUUUUUGGUACAAUUAAGAGUCUCUCAUUUGACUUCAAAUCUCAAUUAAGAAUGUGCUUUCAUGAUCAAGUUCUUUCCGCUUGAGGACUUCGUAACAUCGUGACACGCCGUUGAUAUUUUUGAGGUUAUCCUAAUCCUAAAAUUAAUUAAACGUGAUUGUGUGUGAAAUUAUUUUAUUUAAACAAUUUUUGUCGAUUCACAAAUUUUUGAAUUUAAAUUUUAAAAAAAUGAAUGAUAUGACGUCAAACGAUGAGUUUGACCGGCUUGAAGUUGGAUGUAAUUUUAUAAAAAUUACUGGAAUGGCAGAAGAUAUCGAAGGGCUGAGGAAGUUAUCACGAAGUAAAACGCUUUUUCGGUUCGUUAUGAAUAAUGGCACCGGAAGGAGAAUUCGGGUUCUUGCAUGGGACGAAGAUGCUAUAGAAGUUCAGGAUAAAAUAAAACCAAACGGGAUUUAUUCAUUAACAAGACUACGAUGUGCCGCUGUUAACCCUCAGUAUUUUAAAGAAGCAGACGGUGUCUUAAAUAAAGAACUUCAUAUUACUUCUAAAAGUAAAGUUACUAAACGUGGAAGCAGACAAACGAAUCCCGUAGAAGUAAAAUUAGUAAAGAUGUCGGAAAUCGCAGAAUUGUUUGGUGUUAUCCGCCUACAAGGUUUUAUCAGCGAUAAGAUCGAAAAUGAUAGCAGGAACUCUAAGUUGAGUUGUGGUUCCGGUGCCAUUACUGAUGGUGUCAUUCAAGUUCAAGUAAAUGUGUUCAAUAUUUUGCCGAGCGAUGAAGUAUUUGAAGAAGGAACGCAUGUAGAAGUCUGUGGACGGCUAACUCGUGAUAAAAAUUAUGGAUUAACCUAUCUUCAAUGUAGUAAAAUGUCGGAUAUUACGAAGGUGGAUGAUGAGAAAAUGAGUACUAAUGCGCUUAAUACAAAUUUCGUCAGUCCUCAAUCCAAACGCUUACGUACUGAGACAGACGAGCCGAAAGAAAAAUCAACAACAAUUAAGACCGAUCAUUUGGAAAACAUCAAUCCUAAUCAUAUGGAAAGUUAAAAUUUAAAGUAUUGAGAUUUUUAACUUACAUAUGAGUGAAGGCAUUAAAACUGAAAGGGUAUAAGAGACAAAAAAAUCAGAUUCCUAAUAUAAUUUGCUAAAAGGUUAAGACUUAUUGAACUAAACAUCAGGUUCGAAUUAAAAAUUUUUUUUUUCUCUCUUAUACCCUUUUUAUUGUGACUCGAUCAUAUGGGUAAAAAUUUAAAACCAAAAAGUAUAAAUGGCGCUGUGAAGUAUAGUAGUAUUUUAUAUUUAAUUUUAAAGUUAAAAACAAGCCUAAUAUAAUUGCUAAAUUAAGAUCUUUCGUUUUACAUAUGAAGAUAUUAAAAUUGAAAGGUUAAGAGAGACAAAAAAAAUUUUUUUUUUAAAUUUAUUCUUUCUAAAAGAUUAAGAUUUAUCGAGCUCAACAUCAGGUACGAGUUAAAAACUUUUUUUUCUCUGGUCACCUUUCUUUAUUUCAUCAUAUAAAUUAAAAAAAAAAGUUCAAGAUGCUGGGAAAUAUAGUAUUUUUAUAUUGAAUAUUUUGUAUGUUAAAGGAAAGAAAAAAACAUAACAUAAUCAAUCGAUUGAAUGUUAGUUAACAAUAAUCUUCAUUUAAGUGAAAUGGCUGUUUAAUACAUCAUAUCUAAACAGACAUCUUAUGUACUAUUAAAAAUUCAAUGACAAAAGUUUCUAUAUCUAAAUUA